GCUUUUAAGCUCUGUGUCGCUCACACACACACACACACUCACUCACUCACUCCUGUGUUAUUCUCACUGUUGGAGACAUGUCUUCUCUCUACGUUCCUGCACCAGCGUGUCUGCAGAAACCACUGAUGGUUCCUCAUCGCCACAUGUUUGGACCUGGACCUUCUAACGUCCCUCCUCGUGUCCUGGAGGCUGGAGCCAAACCUGUGAUUGGACACAUGCAUCCAGAGAUUUUUGAGAUCAUGAACGACAUCAAACAUGGAAUCCAGUACAUGUUUCAGACCCACAACCCUGUGACUUUAGCGGUGAGCGGCACCGGACACGCUGCCAUGGAGUGUGCCAUCUUCAACGCUGUGGAGGCCGGGGAGAGCGUGCUGACCGAGGUCAACGGUAUCUGGGGAGAACGAGCAGCAGACAUGGCCCAGAGGAUAGGUGCCAGAGUAAACACCGUUGUGGCGCCCCCUGGUGGCUUCCUCACUAACGCAGAAAUUGAGCAGGCUUUAGUGAAACACAGACCUGUCGUGUUCUUCCUCGCACACGGAGAAUCGUCUACAGGCGUCUUACAUCCUUUAGCUGGCAUCGGACAGCUGUGUCAUAAGUAUAACUGCCUGUUCCUCGUCGACUCUGUCGCGUCAGUUGGUGGAGCCCCACUCCACAUGGACCAGCAAGAGAUAGACGUCCUGUACACUGGUUCUCAGAAGGUUCUGAACGCGCCGCCAGGUACAGCACCCAUCUCCUUCAGUGAGAGAGCAUGUCAGAAAAUAUUCAACCGGAAGACGAAGCCCGUGUCGUUCUCCUUGGACUUGAAUUGUCUUGCAAACUAUUGGGGAUGUGACGGCAAACCGUCCAGAGUAUAUCACCACACAGGUCCAGUUACUGCUUUUUAUUCUCUGAGAGAGAGCCUGGUUGUCCUUACUGAAGAGGGUCUGGAGGAGUCUUGGGAGAGACAUCACAAAGUGGCUGAAUAUUUCCACGCCGAACUAGAAAACAUGGGACUCAAACUUUUUGUCAAAGAAAAAAAAGCCAGGUUGCCCACGGUGACCACUAUUGUUGCUCCUCAUGGAUAUGACUGGAAGGAGAUUACACGCUACAUCAUGAAAACACACAAUUUAGAAAUUUCUGGAGGCCUUGGACCGUCAGUCGGUCUGGUGUUGCGUGUGGGACUGAUGGGAUGUAACAGCACCAAGGCUAAAGUGGACAUGGUGCUGGCAGCUCUCAAAGAUGCUUUGAAAAACUGCCAUGAGAACAAACUUUAAACUUUAAAAGUUGGAUUUGCAUGGAUGUUUGGAGUGAGGCAACAUCUAAAACAUGCAGGGGACCAGGACUGGGAAACACUGCCCUGAUCCAUCCUUGGGUGUGCGGUUUCAUAUCAGGAGCAUGGUGAUGUCGCGUUAUCUGUUUACCAAGCAUGUGGUGAUGGCCUGACCACAGACGCACAAAAUCUUUGCUUACAGUAUAUGAAAUGUAUUGCUAAUCUUAUCAAUGUGAAUGCAUAUUUGUCACAGACACCGGUUUAUUUUGCUGCCAUUGUUAUUGCAUUUGCAAGUUGAAUAUUGACAAUUUGAAAUAAAGAAUUCCAUUC